AUGAGUUCUUUCAAUAUCCUAAACAAUAAAUUUAUGCAAUCAGCAAUGGAGAGAAAAUCACAAAGAUCUAUUUAACUCAGUUAAAAAAAUCUUGAUGGAUCUACUAAAUUAAUUUCUUAUGAAAUAUGGGAUAGGAAUGAUGGUUUAGAUUCUCCAAUGACUCCUUCAAUCAUACUUCCACAUACUUAUUAGCCUAAAUUUAUAAAUUCAGUAAGAAAUCAAAUUAAAAGACCUUGA